AAAAACUAAUUCAUUGGACAAUUAUUAGAAUAGUUUAGAAAUAUAUUCUUGCAAAUAAUACAUAAUGAUUUAGUUUCAUGAGAUCAUUUAUGAUGAUAGGCACAGAAGGUACUAGGUGAAGGUGAAAUGAGUGGCCAGCAUUCCCCUCCUUCUCAAUUUCAUCUUCCAUUUUCAUUUCACUGAAACUGAUUUCUGUCCUUUUUUUGUAGAAACGCAUUUGUCUAUUUGUAGAUUCCUAAAGAUCAUUCCAGUCUUUGAUGUUAGCUUCUGUAAAUUCUUCCUCCACAAAAAAUGGAAAAGUGUUCUUUUUUCCUGCUCUCUUGUAGCGAUAUGAUAGGUGUGUAUUCUAUUUAUGUUGUAUAAAUGUUGUUGGGUGGUCUUGGUUUACUGAUCAGUGAUCAGGGGAGAGCAGAUAAGCUGACCUGUUUUUUCAGCCAUGGAUGAACAACCUCUUCUCUCCGAUGGAGGGUUUCAUCUGUCUAAUUCUUACAAGGAAACGCCUGUUUUGGUAUCAUUUCUCAAAUGGGUUCUGAAAUUUGUAAUGUGGGUGGUUUUCCUUUUGUGGGUCUCCGUGAUUUUUCUCUUCCCUCUAGAAAUUAUCAGCAAGAUUUUCUCCCCUAACUUUGAAGCAUUGACUUCUCUGCCUUUUGGAAUCAAAGGAAAUUUUUUCUUGGCAUUCGCUGGUCCAAUUCUUGUUCUCACUUUCCUUUCCACUGCAUAUCUUAUCAUCUCUGGGGAAGCUGUGUACAACAAGAAGAAGGGGUCAAAGUACCCAACCCUCAGGUUAUGGACUCUUCCUGUUCUUGUGGAUGGACCAUUUGGGGUUGUUUCAGCUGCCGAGUUCAUUGGGAUUCUCUUCUUUGUUGUGUUUAUCAUCUGGGGUGCUUAUGCUUACACCAUGAGCAACCUUCAGUUGGCACCCAUCUUUCAUGCGAAUACCAAGUAUGAGUUUAGGUAAAGUGUCUUAUAUCUU